GAGACCUGUCACAGACGUGUUCCCGGGGGUCUCCGCACCCUCCUUGCCCCAGAUCCGUGACCGCAGCUUGGUUCGGGCUGGGAGCAUUGAGCGGCACGCACGUGUCCAGUGAGCCCUGCACAUCCUUGGGAGAGGCCGGGGAUUGGUCCAUCUGACAGCACCCAAGCCUCAAUAUGCAGAACGACGCUGGUGAAUUCGUGGAUUUGUACGUCCCCCGCAAAUGCUCUGCCAGCAACAGAAUCAUUGGAGCUAAGGACCAUGCUUGCAUCCAGAUUAAUGUUGCCGAGGUUGAUAAGGUCACAGGCAGAGUUACUGGUCAGUUCAAGACCUAUGCCAUCUGUGGACCCAUCCGCAGGAUGGGGGAAUCUGAUGACUCCAUACUCAGGUUGGCCAAAAACGAUGGCAUUGUUUCAAAGAACUUCUAAAUGAAGAAUCCUUUGGAUUUGGGAGUCUUGUAAGAAAACAAUAAAAUAAGAAAAAAAUUAAGAAA